UUCGGUAUUUUGAGUUAUUCGAAUCCAACAUCUCAAGCUGCGCAGUCGCAACCCAGAGGAAAUUUGAAAGCAAAAUAAAUAAGUAAAAUAAAAUAAACAGUGCCGGUAGUACCGCUGUCGUGUUGUUAGAACAUUUUCGUUAACGUUUUCGGCUUUAUUUACGGCUUUUUGUUUUGUCGAAAAAGGGAACGAAAAAAACAGUAGGCAUUGCCAUUAGCAACAAAAAGUGAAGCCGAAACGAAAAGAAAAAAGAAGUGAAAAACGGAGAGAAGGUCGAAAGUCAGACGACGAAAUUAAGCAAAAGAAGAAAACGUUUGUGUUUUUUAACAGAAUAGGCAGCUAUUUCAAUAAAUAAUCGAUACUAAAGCUACAGGGAACUAUAAAACUAUAAAAGCCAAACGAAACCAGAGAAAAACAGCUCCGAGAAAAAAGUGUGCUACGAAGAAACCUUCAACAUUCAGAUAAAGCAGGAAAUUCACGCGCUACCGGAAGGCGCCACCAUGCUGCAUCCCCAGCUGCCACCAUCGCAGACCUCUGGCGAGGAUCAUCUGCUCAAACCCGACCCCUUCUUCUUUGCCCACAGCAAUCCCAUUGAAAACGCAGCCGCUGCUGCCGCCGCCGCAGGUCUCAUUGAUCCACAUCGCGAUCUGCAUCAGGCCCUGGUGGCCUCCAUUGCCAACAACGGGGUGUCCGCCAUCGGCGGUGGCCUAACCACAGCCGCGGUGCUCAAGAGUGCCACACAGCAGCAGCAGAACGCGGUGUCCGCCGGAGCCGGACAGGAGCAGCAGACGGCCAGCCAGGAGCAGGCCCAACAAGCCGCUAUGGCACUGCUCAAGGAGAACGUGAACGCCUCGACCGGAAUGGGCUCCAACGGCAAUGGACAGCAGCAGCAGCAGCAGCAGGGAGGAAGCAACAAGAGUGGCUCCUCCGGCCGCUCCACUCCCAGCCUGAGCGGAGGCAGUGGCUCGGAUCCCGCUCCCGGCAAGCUAUUCGUCGGCGGCCUCAGCUGGCAAACGUCGUCGGACAAGCUGAAGGAGUACUUCAACAUGUUCGGCAGCGUCACCGAUGUCCUGAUCAUGAAGGAUCCCAUCACCCAGCGCAGUCGCGGCUUCGGCUUCAUCACAUUCCAGGACCCCUCCACCGUGGAGAAGGUCCUCAAGGUGCCCAUUCACACCCUCGAUGGCAAGAAGAUCGAUCCCAAGCACGCCACCCCAAAGAACCGGCCGCGUCAGGCCAACAAGACCAAGAAGAUCUUCGUUGGCGGCGUUUCCCAGGACACCUCCGCUGAUGAGGUCAAGGCAUACUUUAACCAGUUCGGAGCCGUCGAGGAGACGGUCAUGCUGAUGGACCAGCAGACGAAGCGUCAUCGUGGCUUCGGGUUCGUCACCUUCGAGAACGAGGAUGUCGUGGAUCGCGUCUGUGAGAUCCACUUCCACACCAUCAAGAACAAGAAGGUUGAGUGCAAGAAGGCCCAGCCCAAGGAUUCGGUCACACCGGCCGCCCAGCUCCUUCAGAAGCGCAUUAUGCUCGGUACCCUGGGCGUCCAGCUGCCCACAGCUCCUGGCCAAUUGAUUGGAGCCCGAGGAGCCGGUGUCGCCGGCAUUAACCCGCUGGCCAUGCUACAGAAUCCCACACAGCUGCUGCAGUCGCCGGCAGCAGCCGCCGCUGCCGCCCAGCAGGCUGCCCUCAUAUCACAGAAUCCGUUUCAAGUACAAAACGCCGCCGCGGCCGCCUCGAUGGCCAAUCAGUCGGGCUUCGGCAAGCUGUUGACCACAUAUCCGCAGACGGCGCUGCACAGCGUCAGGUAUGCACCCUACUCGAUCCCCGCCACCGCCGCCACUGCCAAUGCCGCCUUGAUGCAGGCCCAUCAGGCGCAGAGCGUGGCUGCCGCUGCCCAUCACCAGCAGCAGCAGCAGCAACAGCAGCAGCAUCACCACCACCACCAGCAGACCCACAGCGCCCAGUUGGCCGCCGCCCAGCAGCAGCAGCAGCAGAAUCAUCAGAAUUCCGCCUCGCAGGCGCAUUCGGCAGCAGCGGCUGCCGCCUUGGCGGCCAAUGCCGCAAACGGAGCCGGCGCAGCUGGUGCACAUAGCCUGGCCGCUGCCGCCCAACAGGCCGCCUUGGUGGCCGGCAAUCCCCUGAAUGCAGCCGCUGCCGCCGCCGCCGCUGCUGCCAAUCCGGCGGCCGCUUACUCCAACUACACUCUGGCCAAUGUGGACAUGUCAAGCUUCCAAGGCGUCGACUGGAGCACCAUGUACGGCAUGGGCAUGUACGUCUAAAUACCAAGGCGAUUCGAGCGUUUUGUGUUGGUAAUUUGAAUGAAACACACACCACACUUCACACCAACCACAUGCCCCACUCACAUAGCCCCCAUCCACAUACACAGCAAAACACUACUCAUCCGAAGUUAGUUUUCCUUUGAGUUGGCUUAGCUAUUAGGCAGGCAAAUAUUAAGUAUUAUAUUUAAGGCGCUCCCGGGGCGGCGAGUUGAAUAAUAACAAAUCAUAAGCAAUACAAGAAACAUAUAAAAUAAAAAUAUGAAAUGGAAGCUAAGCGAAGCGAGAAAUCAAGGAAAAACAAAAUUCAAACCAAAAAAAAUAAUUAGAAGAGAAGAAAUAGGAGGAUAACCACAUUAAAAACCACCGAUUGUGAUUGCGUUUAAAUGUAGCCGUUAAUAUAUAUAAUUUUAGUGCAUAAAAGAGUACCAUUAAAAACCUAAACAUAAAUUUUAACGAAACAAAUAUUAAUAAAGAGUAAAUAUAAAAUCAUAUUUAUAAACAAAUCAGAAAGAGAGGAAGGAAUGGAAGGCGUGAAUCUUAUAAGUUAACCAAGAGAUAGGCGCUCAUUAACAUUGAAAUACAAUUAUUUUAGUUUUUCCAACUGAAAGGAAAAACUCCUGCGAAGGCAGUAUUAAGUAACGGAAAACGAAGAACUUUAAAGAAAACAUUUUGCUCAAGACAAAGAGUUAUACAUUAAUGUUAAUCAACUAACGCGAUCAAAAGCCCUAAAUGAACCAUAUUUAGACGUUUAGUUGAGUUCGAAUUUAAUUCAUACAACUGAGUUAUAUUUACCCUAUCAACCCCCAUACAUCACACCUACAAAGCACACACUUUCCGUACAACAUCGUCAUCCUCCUAUUAUCACUCUCCUAUGUACUACCCUGUUCUUUGUACUUAAUAUAGUUACAAUAUACUCUUUAAAACCCACAACGAGCAAAUCUAUAUUUUGUUUCGUGUUCUGUGUGUGACUUUGACUUUAAUUUGAUUUAGUUGUAAAAUUAGCAUAGUCUCCCCCAAUCUCAACCAUUUUGUAGCGAGUAAUUUAAUAACAUCUUGGCAUUUGCAUCUAUUUUUGAUUUCGACCAAAAGAGAGUACCCCAUAGCAGUGGCUUUUCUUUUGUAGUCCGUAAGAAACCAUUAAGUGAGAGAUCCUGAACUAAUCUACUUUUAUUUUUCAACCCACUUCCUCAUCAUUUGCAUAACCAUCGAUCAAGAAAUCAUCUCAUUAUAAACCAGGUAACACUUUACUUUACUUUAACUGUAGUUUAUUGUUUUAAAACAUAAUAUAUAUGGCACAAUCUUAGUUCUUAAUUAUAUUUUGUAAUUAUUACCCUUGUGUAGCAUUUGCAUUUGAUAUAUUUUGCAUUCGACAAGUACUACUACUACUACUUCAUCCAUUGAAACCAACAAACAGAAAUCGAAGCAAGGAGGGUAUCCAAGGACAACCGCUCCUGAUUAUUAGUUAAGUAUUUUGUCUCAUUUGAAUCGCUUGCAUGUUUGAAGUUAGUUUUAAAUCCUAGUUUUUCAUUUGGAAAGUAAUAAUUUGCGUAUGUAAAUAUCUAGUUUAUGUACACAUUACACACAUACACACAUUAUAUGGAAAAGAACAAUAAAACAACAUUUGAAGUAACUAUUGUGUUUAAUAAUAAAAAAAGAAACAAACAAGCAAGAAACUUUGCUAAAGAUUUGAGCAAACAUUUGUGUUUUCUUAUUA